AUGCGGGCGUCGACGGGGACGCAGGUUGGGCGUCGCGCCACCCUUCGGAUUCACUGUAGCCGGCCGGCGCGGCCGAUCUCGCGGAGAUGCGCGGGAACGGCGCUGCGGCCCGUGCGACGUGGUUUGCGGCCCAGAGUGGGGUGCGCUGCGUCGCGAGACGACGAGAAGAGCGCGGGGACGACGACGACGACGAACCUCGACGCGAUGCUGGGCGACGAGGGACGCGAGGAAGCGGCUGGGAAGGCCCCGGAGAGCGGCGGAGCGGCGUCGAACCAGGACAGCGCAGCGCCUAGCAAAAAGGAGGGGCCUGUCUUCAAGGGACGUCGGUCUGGCCGCGUGAGCCUCGCGGAGCCCGGGUCCUACGAUCCUGACGCUAUUCCGGACGAGUACAAGGUCAUGCCGACGCUCGGCGGGCAGGAGGCCGGCGAGACGAUUCGGUCGGACAACAUCGUGUUGGUUACCAUUGCCGCGACGCUGACGACGGCCUGUUUGAUCGGCGUGAACCUCAUGACGGGCGAGUCGCUCCUCGACGACCUCAUCUACGGCGAGGACGGCCUCGGGGGCGCGUGGGAGGGCCUCCUCGACGGCUUCGGCAUCCCCCAGUUCCUGGGUGCCGCCAUGUGGGCCGUGUCCCUGUGGUUCAUCUCGCCGCUGCAGAUCCUGCUGCUGUUCCUGGGCCGCGUGGACGUCGAGCGCCCGAGCGACUGGGUCCUCGGGAAGCUCGGGCGCGCCGCGGGGCUGGACGUCGACGACGUGGGCUACGUGCCCCCCGGAAACAUCAAGGCCGGUGCCUACGCGCUGUUCGUGCUCGGCGGGCUCGGAAUGUCGGUCGGCAUCAACGCGCUGGUGCAGGACGCGACGUGGGGGCUGAGCACGGGCAUCGGGUCGCUGAUGGCGGCGGGCGUGUACGAGGUGGGCCGGCCGCGGCGCGUCGAGGGCGAGGAGGCGGUUGCACUGGAGAACCAGUACCAGGACUUUUGCAGGUUCGCGGACAAGUUCCUCGAGCAGUCCGGGCAGUGCCACGAGUCCGACGUGUUCGUGCUGUUCCGCCGGGAGUUCCCGCGGUACCGGGACGCGGACAGCAGCGAGCUGCCCGACAAGGUGUUGCGCCAAAUGGUGCGCUCGUGGCACCCCGGGUCGCAGCGGACGUCCACGGGGUUCCUCAAGGGCGUGUCCGUGAAGCCUGUGGUGGAUCCGUUCACGGGGAAGGCCGCGCGGGGGUCCCGCGGGGCGUAG